AUGAAUAACCUAAUAAAACGCAAGUAUGGAAGUGUGUUAAAAUUAAUCUCGUUUAUGUGCUUAUAUAGCUGUAUUAAAAACCUUCUUACAAAUAUAGUAAGUAAAGAUGAAAACAGUACCACUAAAUCAGACUUGUAUGUGCAAGGAUAUAAUUGGAAUAUCCUAGAAAAGUGGAAAUCUAUGAGUCCUAUGGAAAAGUUAGAAUAUAAAAUAAAUUACAAUAUUGGACUAAACAUAGAUGCAGAAAUAGGCGACUUUGGAGAUUACAAUUCGGAUGUAAAAACAGAUUUAAUAUUAUUUAAAUAUGAUAAAAAUAAACUAGUUAGUACUAUAUAUAUAUAUAUAUUUAGCGUACAAGAAAAUAAAUUUGUGUACCAUACAGAAGUCUCUUUUGAAGGGAAAGUUAUGAAUGUUACAGCUAUUGACCUUAAUUUUGAUGGUUCUUUAGACAUUUUAGUUUUAUUUAAAGAUCCAAAGGAUAAUAGUAAAAAUAAUAAAUAUUACAUUUGCGCAUUUGUACAAAAUGAAAAUGAUCAAUUAGAAGAAUUUUGGAAUUCUAAAAAGAAAGAAAUUGGGAAUGAAAAAAUAUCAGAGAAAGAAGAUGAAGAGAGUAUUUAUUUUACUACUAUACAUCCCUUAGUAUGUGAUAUUAAUAAUGAUGGUUUACCUGAUCUUAUAGGGCAGCAGUCAGGUAAACUUGACGGUUUUUCACGUUUUAUUUGGAUUAAUAAAAAAAAUGAAUUUAAAAGUAUUUUAUGGAAAAGUAUGAACAUAUUUGAUUACUCAGAUUUAGGGGAAAUUACUAAUCCUAAUUCUAGUGCUAUAGUAGAUAUUAAUGGAGAUUGUAAAUCGGACUUAGUAUUUACUGUAUAUAAUAAAAAUGACUUUAAAAAUGUAUAUCUAGAAAUUUGGAUAAACAAAAUAGUAGAUGGAAAAAGUAAGUAUGUAAAAAAUGCAAAGAAUUAUGGACUUCCACUUAAUUCUAUGCAAGUUUUAUUUGGAGAUUUUAAUGGAGAUGGUGCUAUUGACAUUGUAGUUCCUGCAUGUGUAAAAAGUUCCUUUUGUAACUACUGUUGUGUUAAUGAUGAUAAAAUAUAUUUCAUUCCAAAUAUCCAAAAAAACAUAUGUGAUAAUUCAUGGAAAAAACCAGAUGAAAGUAAAUGUAGACUACCAUCAAAUUUAUGUUCAGAAAGUGAUUUUCAUUUUAUGGAAAUACGCAAUGAAGAUUUUGUUUCAGUAGUAGAUACAACUGGUUUACAUUUACUAGGUGAUGCAGACUAUCCUAAUUACCUAAGUGUUGGUGAUAUAGAUGAUGAUGGAUAUUUAGAUCUACUAAUAACUUUGAAAAAUGAUAAAGGACAAAAAUACGUAAGAAUAUAUAAAAAUGAACAAAAAACACAUUAUGAAGAAAAUAAUAUAGAUAUAAGAGGUUUUUAUAAUUUUUAUCAAUUCGUAACUUCUCCAGGAGAGUCAGUUGCAGAUGUAUACAGUGCAGCCUUCUUUGAUAUUUUUGAAAAUGGGGUAUUAGAUAUAUUAAUAUUUGGAAAAUACCGAAGUACUAAUAAACAAACAAAAUAUGCUGCAGUUGGGUUUAUACGAAAUAAUGAAACAGAUUCACUCUUCUUAAAAUCAACAGCAUUGAACGGAAUUUGUGUUAAUGACUGUUAUAAAGAAAAAGAUAAAAUUACGACAAAAACGUUAGGAGGUAAUGCACAUGGACCUACAUUUAAAAUAACAGUAAUUGAUGUAAAUGGUGUUAAGUCAAGUAGAAUAGGAAUACAGAAAAGUCAGUCAGCGCAUUUCCCUCUUCAACUUCCAUAUGUUUUAUUUGGAUUAGGUAGAACAAGUAAUUAUGUAGAAGAAUUUUAUGUAGGGAUGCCAACACAUGAGCAAAAAUAUUUCAAUAUGUGGGUCUCAAUUAUACCUAAUUCUCAUAUCAUUGUCAUUCCUUACCCAUUGGAUAAUUCAAACAAGUGGCAAAUACAACUUUCUGUUAACCCUUCGAAGAAAUUUUACUCAAUUAUUUAUAUUACCCUUAUUUGUUUGACCGUAAUUGGUAUACUUAUCUUUAUCCUAGACAGGAAGGAAAAGAUUGAGGAUUCUAAAGAGGAAAUGGGUUUCAAGAGUCAUUUCGUUAUAGGUUAA